AUUAUCGAUCAUUUCUUACGUCCUCAUUCCAGCAAACUCUUGAUAUUUUUAUUUUGGAACUGUGUCAUCUUCGGUGUAAAAAUAUUUAAUUUUAGUCAAACGAAACAGUCUUUCAUCAGCAGAACAGUGAAACCUUUAAAAAUAUGAUCCGUCCGGAGCUGGUGCAACAGCUGGCAUGUCCGUCGUUCGGGCUGGCCACAUCGUGGAUCAUAUCGCGCCAAGGAAAACCGGCCGGAUCGCUGGAGCAAGUGUGGCGCGAGUUUCGCCGGGAAACGUGGCCCUUUCCGAAGACGAAAGCCGGUAAGGAUGGCGAAAAGGCACGGAAGUUGCGUGAGAAGGCGAAUGACCUCUACCGGGGGAAUCCAACGGAGAUGGACCGGGUGCUGAGGGCGUAUAAUGAAGGAAUUUGUUGGGCCGUGGAGGGCUCCGAGGAAGCGGCCAUGGGGUACGGAAAUCGAUCGGCGGUUUAUUUGAAGAUGGGGAAGUAUGCGAGAUGCUUGGCCAAUGUGGAGCUGGCCAAGGCGAGUGGGUAUCCAGAUGCGAAAAUGGAGAAGCUGGAAGAACGGAAGCGAAAGUGUUUGGAGGUGUUGGAAGGCAAGACGGAUGAAGUCGGGGGAGAGGUGUUCGAUGAGGUGGCUAUAAAGGAUAAUUUGGAAUUGGUGGAAACAAAGGACUGCGGAAGAAGCUUGAUUUCCAAGAAGGAGUUGAGAGUUGGAGAAGUUGCCGUGGUUGAAAGACCGUUGCUGGUAGUGGUUGAACCAGAGGCCGUUCAAUCUCGCUGCAAUUACUGCGGAAGUAAGAACGAGCUGGAUUUGAUUCCGUGUCGGAAGUGCGUUUCGGUCAUGUAUUGUUCCGAAAAAUGUCGAGAUGAAGCAUACAGCUGCUAUCAUAAGUUUGAAUGCGCGGUGAUUAAGGACUUGAAAAAUCUGUUUCGAGGUCCGAAGCCGACACGUAUGUUCCAGCUUACAUUGAAGUUGUUCUGGAUGGCUUUGAACGACUUGAUUAACGACCAGGAAGGAUUCUUGAAAAAGUAUCAGGAAGGCCUCAAAUCUUUCAGAGAUCCAUUGGAAAUGGAUUUGAGUAAACAACUCCAUAUGCAUGUCCUGGCAAAUGAUGAACCGGACACGAGUUCGGAUUUGACCGGCAAGGGUGUGACCCAGUUUUUGACUGUGCUGAUAUACAAGAUCGCAGUGGAAGAAAACGAAUCCGUCCCAACUCAGGUUUUGAAGGAUAACAACAGUCUUCUGCUAGAGAUUAUGCAAAAGUUGGUCCUAAUGGCAAAACAAAUCUGUGACCAAAGCGUGGACGAUCUCACCUGCUUCUAUCCGUUGCUGCAGAUGAUCAACCAUUCGUGCGCUCCCAACGCGGAACGCAUCGUGAGCGGAGAUCUGCGUUCGAUUAUAUUGACCAAGCGGCCAAUAAAUGCUGGGGAGCAGAUUCUGAUUUGCUAUUUCCCCAAUGGAAGCACUGACUACAAGGACAAAACCAAGCGGAAGGAAAUGCUUCAGAAGGAGUUUCAGUUCGAAUGCCAGUGUUUGGGAUGCUCUCUGGACUAUCCGUUGCUGAGUACCAUUGAGGAGAAUGCCGAAUUGAGGGGCCAGCUGGAGGACAUCAAAACAAAAUCGGGCGACGAUCGUUUGAAGCUACUUGAGGACUUCCUGCAGCAAAACGAUGAUCAGUUCCCGCUGAAGGAACUGGCUGAAGCGUGGAAUUUGUACAAGCAGGAGAUAUUGAAGCGCUUUUGAAUAAUUAUAAA